AUGGGGUGCUUAGACAUUUCCUUGAUGAAAGUUGAAAAUGUGAAGUUACUGGAUCGUUACACAAACAGGAAGGCAGCAAAUGGGACGUUGUACCUGACAGCCACCCACCUGAUCUAUGUAGAUGCUUCUGCUGAAGUCAGAAAAGAAACAUGGAUUCUGCACCACCAUAUUGCAACUGUAGAAAAAUUGCCCUUGACCACGGCUGGAUAUCCACUCCUUAUUCACUGCAAGAACUUCCACAUGGCUCACUUUGUUAUUGGGCAGGAACGUGACUGUCAUGAAGUGUAUACCUCCUUGCUUAAGCUUUCACAACCAGUGAAACCUGAAGAACUUUAUGCUUUUUCUUACAACCCCAAGAUGUCUAAGGAGAAGCGGGAGAUCGGAUGGAAGCUGAUUGAUUUGAAGCUGGAUUACCAGCGAAUGGGAAUUCCAAAUGACUACUGGGAAAUAACAGAUGUUAAUAAAGAAUACGAGGUUUGCAACACAUACCCUCCAGAGAUAGUGGUGCCUAGAGCUGCUAACAAGGCAGUGGUGAUCGGAAGUUCAAGGUUCAGAAGCAGAGGAAGGAUUCCGGUGCUUUCUUACUUAUAUAAAGAAAACAAUGCUGCCAUAUGCCGCUGCAGCCAGCCCCUCUCCGGCUUCAGCGCGCGCUGCCUGGAGGAUGAGCAGAUGCUGCAGGCCAUCAGAGAGGCCAACCCUGGGAGCCCCUUCAUGUAUGUUGUAGACACAAGGCCAAAGCUAAAUGCUAUGGCCAACCGGGCUGCUGGGAAGGGUUAUGAGAAUGAAGACAACUACGAUAACAUCCGCUUCAAGUUUAUUGGCAUAGAAAACAUCCACGUGAUGAGGAACAGCUUGCAGAAGCUCCUGGAAGUGUGUGAAAUGAAGUCCCCCUCAAUGAGCGAUUUCCUCACUGGGCUGGAGAACUCAGGUUGGUUACGGCACAUUAAGGCUGUGAUGGAUGCAGGUGUCUUUCUUGCCAAGGCUGUGAGGGAUGAAAAGGCCAGUGUGCUGGUGCACUGCUCGGAUGGGUGGGACCGCACAGCCCAGGUCUGCUCCCUGGCCUGUCUCCUCCUGGACCCUUUUUAUAGGACUCUGAAAGGCUUCAUGGUUCUCAUAGAGAAAGAGUGGAUUGCCAUGGGCCACAAGUUCUCACACAGGUGUGGCCAUUUGAAUGGUGACCCCAAAGAAGUAUCCCCUGUCUUCACUCAGUUUGUUGAAUGUGUCUGGCAGCUCAUGCAGCAGUUCCCAUGCUCCUUUGAGUUCAAUGAGCGUUUCCUCCUGGAAAUCCAUGACCACGUCUAUUCCUGCCAGUUUGGGAACUUCCUUGGCACCUGUCAUAAGGAACGUGAGGAUCUGAAAAUCUUUGAGAAGACCCAUUCUCUGUGGCCUUUCCUCGUACAGAAGAAGCAGGAAUUGAGAAAUCCUUUGUACAGAGGAUUUACAGCUUACAAAGAGCUUCAACCAAACACACUACCUUUCAGUUUCCAGUUUUGGUGUGGGAUGUACAACCGCUUUGAGAAGGGGAUGCACCCAAAGCAGUGUGUGCUGGACCAUCUGCUCAGCUGCCUCAGCCAAAAGAUGAAGCUGGAGGAUGAUGCAUCUCAGCUGGAAAAUAAACUCCCUUUCCUCGAUGGUCCUUUGCCCAGUGACACUUGCUCCUUAUCUAAACUAGGAAGUGCUGCUUCAAAACCACCCAUACUCAACACUUCUCAGGAUUACACAGGGGAAACUCCUCCUGUGCUGAGCAAUGGUGCCUCAGCAGGGGACAGCAAUGUUAUGUCAGACCUGGACCAAAAGCACAAGGAGAACCUGUCCCACCACCACCACCUCCAUGAGCUUAACGAUGCUCUUGGCGUUUUGGACUCUGAAGCAAAGGAUGGGAAGCCUCAGCACCACUGA